AUGAUGAUGUAUGAUGAGAACGAUUCGCUGGCUUUCGAUAGAGAGCCACCGGAAGUUUUUAUUCCAAGUUGCCCAUGGAUGUCAGUAGUUAAACAUAGUAUUGGUUUUGAAAGUCCUUUUGAUCUUCCAUCAAAAUCAUUCAUGAAAUCACGCGAAGUCAACUUUGUUGGUGAAAAUGGCGAUGAAAAUCAAGCUCCAGGCGAAGAUUUCACAAAAUUAUGCAGUUUUCGAUAUAUACCGAAUAAGUUAUUUAAUAUUAAUAUAGUUUACGAAAAUGAACAAUAA